AUGGAGAAACAAAAUCAGCACGACACAUGCCUGAAGCAUCACUCAUACUCGCAGUUCUUUGGAGUUGACAUCAGAAGCAACAAUUCCUUUCCUGGCCAUGAGCCCAGUCUCUUCAUUAACAUGCAGAAAUUCCAGUCAUUGAAAAGGAUCAAUUACAUAUACAGUAGAAAGGCACUCAAGGUCACGGACAGAUCCAAGAAACUGACUUUAGGUAAAGUCAGAUCCAAGAAACUGACUUUAGGUGCUGCUGACCCAGAUAUAGGUUGUAAGAAGUCACUAAACUCUCCAAGAAUUGUUGGAGGCCAAACAGCCUCUGAGGGGUCAUGGCCCUGGCAAGCAGGCCUUUCAAUAUUCAACCUAACUUUUUGUGGUGGCACUCUCAUAGACAAGCAGUGGGUGCUGACAGCUGCUCAUUGUUUCAUUUGGAUCCCUGAAGACUUUGACGAAAUUUUUGUGGAGCUAGGUGGCCACCAACUCAUGAACCCUUCAAAUAACUCAGAGAAAAUUGCCAUCCAACAGAUCAUAGUUCAUCCUAACUACACAGCUGAUGACACUGUGUAUGACAUCGCUUUAUUGAAGCUAAAUGACACUGUGGAUUUCACCAAUUAUAUCUUGCCUAUGUGUCUCCCAGAGUCUUCUGUGGAGUUCCCUGUCAAUACCAGCUGCUGGGUCACUGGAUGGGGAAGAACACAAUCUGAGGUGGACCUGGAGCCUCCCCACGCCCUUCAAGAAGUGGAGUUGUCUAUCAUCAAUACAGACAUAUGCAACUUUAUCUACAAUGAGCUCAAUGUUACAAAAUUGCCCCAUUCCCCUGUCAGGCCCGGUAUGAUCUGUGCAGGUCAUUUAGAAGGGGGCAAAGAUUCUUGUCAGGGUGAUUCUGGAGGACCUAUGGUUUGCAAGUGUGAUGGAAGUGAAAAUUGGCUCUUGGCUGGGAUUGUGAGUUGGGGGUUAGGCUGCGGUGUACCCGGUGUGCCUGGUAUCUACACUUCAGUAGCACACUAUUCUGAUUGGAUCCAGUUGCACCUACCCCACAUAAAAUUUUCAGAGUGCCCAAAUGGAAGUAAUAGUAUAGGGCAUAACACCCUUAUCAUGCUUUUUCUGAUAUCUGUGGGAUUGACUGUCUUUUGA